GGACGCUGAAGGAACUGGCAGGGUUUGUUCACUGGCUGACUGCUGCAGUUAGACAAAUAACUCCGUGUGCCACAGAGACUGAAAUCAUCUCAAAAUGGACCAUCAGGACCACAUGAAUUCUGGACAGAUGGGUGACUCUCAGCACUCUCUUGGGAACAACAUUGCAUCUGGUGUAGGCAACAUGACCAUCGAUGACAGCCAUCAACAAGACAUUAAGAAUGGGAGAGCAGAACAUAUGGGAAUGGAUGAUGGGCCAGUGAAAGAAGAGUUAACACCCGGAAGCCCGCCCAAGAAUGGCCGGAGCAGUGUGGCAUCAGUGGAUGGGGAGGGAGAGCGAGAGAAUGGGAAAAAGGAGAGCUCUGUCAGCUCAAGAGAGUCUCCAGUGUCUCCACAUCCACUAACGACCACUCUGGCUGAUGAUUUGGGUUCAGGGAUCACAGGUUUCGAUAGCCAGGUGAAGAGGAGUCCCUCAGAAAAGAUGACUGACCAUCAUUGUGCCAGUGGAUCUGAGGAGGAGGAGAAAGAAGAAAAUGAAACUGAGAAGUCUGAGAGAAUUGUUUCUCCUGGUGUGGAAGAUGCUCCCAAAAGUGCUAUCAACAUAAAAGAGAAUGAGGAAGAGGACAAAGUAGUUAGUGAAGAAGAGGAAGAAACUGGAGUUUCUAUCACCCCAGACUUGUCAACCCAGAAAGACAACAACAUUCAUGAUGAACAUGAAACCCCUACUCAUCUUCGCAUGACCCCAGAGGAAGCUAAAAAACGUGGCCUUUCGUUUGACUACACAGAACCUCAGGAUCCUCAUCAGGGUGGUCCUGUGGGCUGGGAAUGCAGCUCUGACAAAACACCACCAGAAAACAAGAGCCCCAACUCCUGCAGGGCAGAUCCGGGAUCACUUCUUUCUCUCAGUGCUGCUGCCGACCGUACCCAAGAGGAAUCAUCUCUAACAGACUUCCAAACAGAUGCUCAGGAGGAAGAAGAAAAAGUAGAGGUACCAGAACCUGACCAAGAAGAGGAGUUGACCACCAUUCCUCUGUCUUCCCAAGAAGUUGCUGCACCCAAGAUGGAGCCUAAGGCAGAGGAACAUAGAGAACCUGAAGAAGCAAAAGAGAUCAAGCGGGAUACAUUUUUGGAGACGAGCGAUGUUGACCACAUUGAUACAGAGAAGGUCCAGCCUGUUGACACACCCGAACCUGUUGCCGCCAAAGCCAAGGAUGCCGUUAAGCCCAGCGCCCAAGUAAUGCCCACAAAAGCACCAAGCAAAGCAACUCCUGUCAAAGCAUCUCCAGCCAAAAAAACAAAGAAACCCGUUGCUUCAGUUGCUGCUACUCCUUCCCCUAUAUCUGCUCCCAAACUUCAGAAAUCUCCCUCUAAAGAUGCUGCUCCGGCCAGAAAAUCAAGUGUCCCAUCCAAAGCCAAGGCUGGAGCAGGGGCAACUCCAGACAAAAAGGUAGAGUCGCCCAACAGUGCAGGAGCAAGAGAGUCUAGGGCCACGCCUGGAGAAGCCAAGACGAAGACAGGGGGUGCCAAACCCCAAGGAGCUGGCACUAAAGUCCCUGCUGCUUCACGGAUGGAGCAGCGAAAGACAGGACCAGGGUCCAUUGAAAGAGCUGACUCACCUAAAACCCCAGACCGAAGUGGUUGCAGCAGCCCAGCCAGUCGGUCAUCUACCCCUGGACAACAGGGGAAGAAAGUAGCAGUGGUGCGCACCCCUCCUAAAUCACCUAGUUCAUUGAGAUCUCGUGCCCCGAUUGCUCCUGUUGCACCAAUGCCUGACCUGAAGAACGUCAAGUCCAAGAUCGGCUCCACUGAAAACAUCAAACACCAGCCUGGAGGCGGGAAGGUUCAGAUAGUGCACAAAAAGAUCGACCUAAGCAACGUCCAAUCAAAGUGUGGCUCCAAGGCCAACAUUCAUCACAAACCUGGAGGUGGAAAUGUAGAGAUCAAAUCUGAGAAGUUGGACUUCAAAGCCCAGUCAAAGGUUGGAUCUCUGGAGAACAUUGGACAUGUUCCUAAGGGAGGACAGAAGAAGAUUGAGAGCCACAAGCUAAAUUUCCGAGAGCACGCCAAAGCGCGCACCGACCACGGCGCUGAGAUCGUGUGCCGGUCCCCCGACAUUUCCACGGAUGGAUCGCCCCGCCGUCUCAGCAACGUGUCUUCCUCCGACAGCAUCAACAUGACCGACUCCCCACAACUGUCCACGCUAGCUGACCAGGUGUCAGCCUCCCUCGCUAAACAAGGCCUGUGAGCCCCCAGCCCAAACGUGUUGGCAGUUGACAAAAUGAAAAAAAGUUACAAAUGUAUUUCCUUCAGUCCUUUCAAAUAAGGUGCUUGUCGGAUUUCUCCUAACUAAAGGUUGUCCCAUGCAGCGGCUUGUCUGCUUGUGAAAUAAUUUUACGCCUCCUGGCACGGAGAGACAGGUAUUGGCUUAGUAUCAUCAAAACAACAAAGAAAAAAUUUCAAUUUAAAAGGAGCUGGUGGUGUAUUGAUCCCCAAAUGGUCAUUUACAGCACUGAGUAGCCUGGUUUUGUUUUGUAACCCCGUUUUUUAAAAGAACAACAAUGUAAUUUGCUUUCAAAGCUGUAUUUGCUUCGUUGCCUUAUUGUGAAUGUUUUGAUUUACCAUAACUUAUGCACUCCUGUUUUGACGUGCAGCAGUAGGGAAGGCAAACAUGUUACAUGG